AGCGUCAAUAAAUGGAACAAAUAGGCUUUACCGAAAGAAAGAAGGGAACAUGUGGGAAGAAGAAGCAAAGUUUUCCCUCCAAAAUCCAAAACGGCCUCUCCUAAACGACCUUCGAAGUUGAACCAUUCAUUAUCAUCAAGGAAAGAAUUUAAUGCCCAGUUUUUAUGCUUUUAAUCCAUCUGUACGAUCUAUGAAGUGUCUCUUCUUUAAAUCCCCAAAUCUCACUCUUUUUCAUCACUCCCACUCCACUCAUAAUAACCGUCGCUUACGUGUCGCCGAUAUUCUUCUUGCCGACGAACACGACGCCGCUGUUGAUUCAAUGGACGACGUCCCUCAACCACCGUUACAUGCUUCUACUCGUUCGAUUAAAUGCUAUUCGCCUCGGCGGCUUGUUUCUUGGUUGCUGGCGGCGCUGACCCCUUCCAAACAGCGCCAAUUUCUGAAACGGCGGCAGAUGAGGCAGUCUUCUUCGAUGAUGAUUGAACUGAACGACGGCGAUGAGGGAUCGAGACAGUUAAAUUGGAAUGAUACAUCUUUUAAGGUAGGAGUUGGUUGUGGUUUGCUAUAUGUGAUUGCAGCAACUAAAAACGAGCUUAGCAAGAUGGUUGAGCUGCGUAAAGAAAUGGAAAUAAACCUUCAAAACAUGAAAGCGGAACUUCAAAGUAAAGACACACUUCUUAAUCCGUUGAAACAAAGUGAUGAUGAUGCUGUUGUGUGUUCCAUUACAGAUAUUCAAGAAGUUUCCUGCUCUAAUAGUCAUCUUUCAGUUCAUACACAAAUACCAUAUAUUCAGCCAGAGUUCAAAAGCAACUUGGGUAGUAAUCGUUAUCUAGAUUGUAAAACAAGUGAACAAGAGGAGUGUGCAGAAGAAAUAAAUGAGCUCCAGGCAGAAUUUGAAUAUGAGUUACAACGGUUGCAGCUGUAUCUGGAUGGAGAAGCUGCAUUUGAAGACGCACAACAAGAAAUGGUCGAGGUUGCUGUCAAUAACGACUCUAGUUCGAAAAGCCAGAGUUCGAGUUUUGGUGAAAUAAUAAUGGAACCUCAAGGAGCAAGUUAUGAUACAUCGUUUGGAGUCCCUCCAGUUGAACUUGAGAGAAGGUUGCAUGAACUACUUGAAGCAAGACUCCAAGAACGGAUAAUAGAGCUGGAGGAUGCUUUAGAAUACGCCACACAAAAGCUCAAUGAGAAAGAGAUAAAGGUUACUUGGUGGGAAGAAACUGCAAGACUUACCCCAUACCAUGAUCCAGAAACUUGUCGAUUUACUUUCCCACUUGAUCCUGAGGUUGCCUUGAAGUUUAGUCGAGAAUAGCUUUUGAAAGUGUUAAGACUGUGAAUUGAUUAAGGCACCAAAAUGUUGUUACUAGCAGUGGUGUUUAACGACAUGUUCUUCAUUAUACCGAUUCAAUUUUUUGGUUUAGUCUUCUGGAUUAAAUGGUUUGGUUUGGAAGAUGAUUUGUUUUUGGUAGAAAGUAUGCUUAUUGCUUAAGCCUGUAAUCGGAAGAAAAGUGGCCAUGUGUAUAGAUUUUCUUCAGUAUCACAUUCAAUGUGGUCACGUUGAUCGGUGCGUAUCAAUUCUCAGUUCAUGUUAUUAACCAAACGCUUCAAAUUCACGUGAACGCUUCACCAACAAAAUGCUUAGCCAUAAAUGCGAUAUGUGGAAAGGUUUUUCAUAGUUUUAAAAACUGGUUGGACCGGCUCAACUAGGAACCGAUUAUAUGACCAACUCGAGCCAAGUGUUGUUGAACUGGUGUGAACCGACCGUUUUUUCUGACAAACCCGUAAACGGUAGUUUUCUAGACCCAUAAGUUCAAAACAAUUUAACUAGUAUUAAAAGGACAAAAAUACAUCACAUUCUUUUAA